AGCGCGCACUAAUAACAAAAGGAGCUCCAUUUUUUCUUGUAGAUCCAGCCCUUCUUUUCCGUCAUAGCUCCUCCGGCGGAGAGCUCAUCAAUUUCCGACACCUUUUCGCUCGUCCCUUUUCCUUCCUCCCUUCUCCAUCUGGAUCUCGUCCCUCACCUUUUAAAUUCCGGGUUUCCCCAAUCUCCUGUCGCCGAAGGCGCUGCUCCAGACUCUGGGAAUCGCGUGAAGGGAGUUACUAACCAUGAAUCCGUUCUCGUCUGGGACUCGUCUAAGAGAUAUGAUUAGAGCUAUAAGGGCCUGCAAAACUGCUGCGGAAGAACGGGCUGUUGUGAGAAAAGAGUGUGCUGCUAUCCGUGCUGCAGUUAGUGACAAUGACCAAGAAUACAGGCAUCGUAACCUUGCAAAACUUAUGUUCAUUCACAUGCUUGGUUAUCCCACUCAUUUUGGGCAAAUGGAAUGUCUCAAAUUGAUAGCAUCUGCCGGCUUCCCUGAGAAACGAAUAGGAUAUCUUGGUCUUAUGUUGCUUCUUGACGAGAGGCAGGAAGUUCUUAUGCUGGUCACAAACUCCUUAAAGCAAGAUCUCAAUCAUUCAAACCAGUAUAUCGUUGGUCUUGCUUUAUGUGCUUUGGGAAAUAUUUGUUCUGCUGAAAUGGCACGGGAUCUUGCUCCAGAAGUUGAGCGAUUAUUGCAAAGUCGCGACCCAAACAUUAAGAAAAAAGCUGCACUAUGUUCCAUAAGGAUUGUAAGAAAAGUUCCUGAUUUGGCAGAAAACUUUAUGACUCCUGCUACUGCUUUACUCAAGGAAAAACAUCAUGGCGUUCUUAUUGCUGGAGUUCAGCUAUGUACAGAUCUUUGUAGAGCUAGCCCAGAGGCCCUUGUAUACUUGAGGAAGAACUGCACAGAGGGAUCAGUCCGGAUACUAAAGGAUAUUUCCAACAGCUCCUAUGCGCCUGAGUAUGACAUUUCUGGAAUUACGGACCCAUUUUUACACAUCAGAGUACUUAAGCUUAUGAGAAUGUUGGGCCAGGGAGACGUGGAUGCAAGUGAAUCUAUUAAUGACAUUCUUGCUCAGGUUGCCACUAAAAUUGAGUCAAACAAAAAUGCUGGCAAUGCAAUUCUCUAUGAAUGUGUCGAAACUAUAAUGGGUAUUGAGGCUACGAGUGGUCUUCGAGUUCUUGCAAUAAAUAUAUUGGGAAGGUUUUUGUCAAAUCGUGACAACAAUAUCAGGUCCUCGAUCUCUGCUGUUGUGUGCCCGCAACUAUUUGUUGUUCUUGUACAGAUGCGCGUGCCCGACAGACGGUUUCUUCUCGCAUCCCGUUCUUAUAGCGGACCGCCAUCUCUCUUGACCGUUCUUGGGUGGGAGAUGGCCUCGAUGAUUCGUUCCUAUGCAAAUGCCCUUGCCGACGACUUGUCCUCUCUUGCUAGUGCCCCUCUUCCAGGUUUAGCGUCUGGUUUUCCUAUUGAUAAGUCCUGCAAUGUUCCAAAAUUUUUCCACGAGGCUCUUGAAGGUGGAGGUGAUCACACUAUUAAAAAGCUUGGGGAAAAAAAUGGGAAGCCUGCACUUAUUCUCACAGAGGCUGAAAACG